UUUUGAACGUCAGAUAAGCGGCCUUACACCUUACUUCCGGUUAUAGUAUCCAAUGUAAAUAAUCGUCUGCAACACCACAAAGCGCCAAAAAUUAAAAUGGAAGAGAAGACGUAUAAGACACCCCGCCGGCCCAAUUGGACAGAAAAAGAAAGGAUCGUCUUGGUUGAGGCGAUCCGUCAACGUGAGGACCGCCUCUUUGGGAAGAUGAAGGGGCCGGGGGGUGUCAGAAACGUAAAAAUCAAAGAGGGGGCUUGGGAGGAGGUCGCAGAGGCGGUGAAUGCAAACUCUGAUACAACUCAACGCACGGUGGAACAGAUCAGGAAAAAAUAUGCCAACAUAAAGCAAAGAGCAAAAGAGAAGUCUGAUGCCAUCAGAAGACCAAUUACAGGCGGUGGCCCCAAACCUCCCUCCCUAACCCCUGUAAAAGCUGAGCUACUAAGCCACCUUGAAGACAGGCCAACCCUAUGUGGCCUGUCCACUGGACACGACACGGAGGAAGUAAAUUUAACAGUUGUACCAGAGGAAAUGCAUACCAUGACAAAUGACUGCACAUCUUCAACAAGUGCAAGUGGUACAGGUGUAUCAGCCAUCUACGAGAUACAGAAUGAUGCAACCCAGCUGGGUGUUGUAAAUUUGGAAUUUCCUCCUUCAUUCUCUUCGGUAAAGACAUCCAAAAGAAGGAAGACUAUGGAAGAGGAUGAAAUCCUGACAUUAAGGGCAGAAAGAGAGAAAUACAUUCAGGAAAGCAAGAAGUUUAAAGAAGAAGCUGAGUUUUAUCGAGUCAAAACCAUGUACUUAAAAAUGAAAAUAAGAGAAUUGCAUGCUGGAAAAGAUUCUGAAAUGUAAUUAAGUUAAUUUCAUCAGUCUUUCAUUAAAAAAAAAUAAUAGUCUUGUUUCCUGCUACCUGAC